AUGGAGCCAGAAGAUGAUAGAGACCUUUAUCCUUGGAUAAUUGGGUACAUCUGGAAAGGUAGGAAUGAUAAGUUGUUUAGAGGCAUAGACAGAGACCCUUUGGAACUAGUCAGGUAUGCAGAGAGUGAGUGCCAAGCAUGGUACAAUGCAAGAGAUUCUGUGCCGCUUCCGACACAGGUACAGACUACUGAAGAAACACAAGCCUUAAGCUUGGGUAAUAUUUGUAUGGUGGAUGGUUCUUGGACCUCUACAGCUCAGUUUAGUGGAAUGGGAUGGGUUUGGAAGGAUACCAUGGGUAAGAUUCAACUCAUGGGGUCAAGAAACCUGAGGAGGAGGCAAACAGCUUUACAUUUGGAACUGGAAGCGCUACAGUGGGCAAUGGAGAACAUGCUACAACACUCGAUCUGUCAGCGGUUUGGGACGGACUGCAAGGACCUGAUUGCAAUGAUAGAACAACCACAAGCUUGA